CAAAUUGCCAAACUGUCAAAACACAAAUUCAAGUGACUGAUUGUGAUGAUGUGUAAAUGAAAAAUCGAACAAAAUUUUGCGCGAUAACUCGCUAUUUUCGAAGAAAAGAACCAUCGCGUUAUUCCAUAACCCGGCCGGAAUAGCAGUCCAAUCUGCGCCCAGAUGAAUUACAACGCCAACAGCGGGGCACGCCAGCGUAAGUUGGAAGGUUCAUCCAACGGCGGUCCCAAGAAGCCCAAACGCGUCAGCGAUGUGAACGCCAUGGGAACUCCGGCGCCGAUGGCCCAGUUUAACACGUUUGACCAAGCCGCCACAGCCGCUGCACCGCCAAUGGCGACCAACAUGGGCUACGGAGCUUCCAACCCCGCAGUUAACCAGUUUGACGCGUACGGUCAAGCGUACGGAAAUCAGUACGGAAACUAUCCGAACCUGCCACAGCAACAACCGCCGCAGCAGCAGCUACCGGCCCAGAUGAACAUGCCACAACAGUUUGCCAUGUUUCAGCAGCCCAUCGUGCAAGAUAUGGCGCUGCAGUACGGCCAAAAGCUGGCCGAUCAGGGAAAAGAAUUGGUGCACUCACAGUUUGAAAAGUACAUCCCGGUGACGAAACUAAAGUACUACUUUGCCGUCGACAACAAAUAUGUUGUCAACAAGUUGAGGCUGAUAUUCUUCCCGUUCACUCAAACUGACUGGUCCCUUAAGUACGAUCAUGACAAUCCAGUUCAGCCGCGCUAUGACAUUAAUGCUCCAGAUCUGUACAUACCAACGAUGGCUUACAUUACUUACGUCGUUCUUGCUGGGAUUGUUCUCGGAUUCCAAAACCGUUUCUCUCCCGAGCAACUUGGCAUCCAGGCGUCGAGCGCGCUGGCUUACAGCAUCUUUGAGCUGGUCGUAUACAAUUUGACGCUUUACAUUGCCAACAUACCGAUCCUGAAAACACUGGACCUGCUGGCGCUGAGCGGCUACAAGUACGCGUCGAUUGUUUCCAUCUUGCUGUGCAGUAUUUUCCUCCGGAAGGCCGGUUACUACCUCGGCUGGCUCUAUGCAAGUGCUGCGCUGGCGUUCUUCUUGUUGCGCACGUUGAAAGCCAAGGUGUUGUCGGAAUCCGGUCAGACCCAAGACGCCCCCAGCUACGAUCCGUACAGACAGCAGCAACAACAGUUUGAACAUACUGUGGGUCGCAAAAGGAAGUUGUACUUUUUGUUUCUGGUAACAGGAUUGCAGCCACUGCUGGCAUUUUGGCUAUCGAUGCAUUUAAUUCCGAACGAUGCUGUAACGGCUGCUGCAUAGUUUGAAAAACUUUUUCUUUGUCCAUAUAUUAUUUUGAUAUUUGAUUACACAGACGUUUUUGCCACAUAUGGCUAGUUUUCAGUUUAUUAAACUUUAUUUAAUAUGACUGAAAACUAACGCUAUCAGGUAAAAUUGUUUAUAAACAAAAUAACUUUUGUGUAACUCGACAGAAGUUUUCCCCGGGAAUUAAAUAGUUAUUUGUACUGCUUUCAUGAA